CGCCAUGGGUAGCAAGAUGGCGGCGGCCAGCAGGGUCGUUCAGGUUGUGAAGCCACAUGUACCAGCGAUUAGAUUUCCUGAUCGAAAGAACAGUCCUAAGCCUAGUGUACAAGAAGCUUUAAAGUCCAUGAUCUACCCCUUCAGUGCUCCCUCAGUAAUACCACAUCAAGGUGCAACUGGUAACCCUUCGUCAGGUACUCAGAAUACUCCAUCUGUACACAGAGUACCAAGUAAACCCGACACAUUGGCUGUAAUAAAACCACUGCCUCAGAAAUACAGAAGAAAGAUAUUGAGCAAUGAAGAAAUGGAAUAUAUCCAACGUGGAGGUCCUGAAUAAGAAGUCCGAGGCAAGAUUCAAGUGUGCAAUUGCAUCAUGCCAAGACAUUAAAAUGUGUUAUAUAAAUAUUAAAAUAUCAACAAUUGUAAAGUAGUAGUUUUAAUGAAUAACUAUGGUAGCUUCUCACACAAGUUGGCAACCAGUAACCUUGUUUUUCUUUAAGAAGCAACUUUAGGAAAUGUUGUAUUUACAUUUUGUAAAAAUAAAAAAAAUUCAAGUAA